AUGGCUGGCAUCAGCACCCAUUUGCCCGGCCCGUCGGGGGCGAAAUGGGGGCUUCUGCAGCAGCUUGACAUUGAAAUUUAUGACUCCCUAUCGUCGUCUCGAUACGUCAAGCUGGCUGUCAUCGUGCUGGCUUGGUUUUGGGCUCUUUCGUUCCUCAAACCUAGAAGACCUAGGAUCCCAGGUGCCCAAGUACACGGAUAUCGGGGCUGGUGGGAGCCUUCGUUCUUGCUCAAAACUCGAUUCAUCUACGAUGCGUACGACAUCAUUAGUAGUGGAUACGCCAAGUUCAAGGAUGUUCCUUUUGUGGUGACUCGACACGAUACGGACAUCCACGUCUUGCCAAUGAAGUAUUUGGACGAGCUGCGUUUGGUCGCAAGAAACGAUCUCAGUGGCAAGAUGAACCUGUUCCGAAGUUGGCCAUGGGCUUCCGUGAUUCGCGAUUCCGACCUCCACGUCGCCGUCUUGACCAGAAAGUUGAACCCCGAGGUAUCCAAAUACGCCGACUUGGCACACGAGGAACUCGAAUACGGCUGGCAGGUAGACGUACCCAAGCCCGUUGAGUGGACCGAAGUCGACAUCCAAGACACGAUGCGGAUGCUUGUUGCCCGCAUGUCUGCCAAGGUUUUCAUGGGAGACCUCACGUGCCGGGAUCCCAAAUGGCUGGACCUGACGCUGAAUUUCUCCAUGGAUCUUUUCUUCGCGGGCUUCGCAUUGCGCAUGUUCCCGCCGUGGAUGCACUUUCUGGUCAAGCCCCUGAUUCCGGCGCGGUGGCGGGUACAGAAGCAGAUCGAAAUUGGCACCGAGGUCGUCCGCCAGUACAUGCUUCAGCGCGAGGAAGAGGCCAAGGUCGGCGGGGGCUUGGGCGAGGGAACGCUAUUUGAGUGGAUGGUAGAUCACGCGGUGGGCAAUGAAGGCUCGUUGGAGGAAAUGGCUGCGCGACAGUGUAUCUUGACUCUCGCAAGCAUACACACGACGGCUACGACGGCGGCAAACGUGCUGUUUGACCUCAUGGCUUAUCCCGAGUGGGUUUCCGUGCUGAGAGACGAGAUCGACGAUACACUCGAGACCUAUGGUCGGCUCGGGGAGGACAUACCGGUCAAGUCAUGGCUCCAGCAUCUGGAGAAGAUGGACAGCUUGAUUGUUGAAAGCCAAAGGCUCAACCCGCCCAUUUUACUGACACCGCAGAGGAUAGCACUGGUACCUUUGACCUUGAAGGACGGAACGCAUAUUCCAAAAGGCACACGCAUUGCGUGGGCUGGUCCUCAACAUGCCUUUGACCCCGUCACCACUCCGGAUCCCGAAAUGUUCAAUCCAAUGCGAAGCUACCAUAAGCGGCAUGCUAACGGGGGUGAGAACGUCCACAAAUUCAUGGCAGGCCAGUCAGACCCAGACAACAUGUCCUUCGGCUACGGGAACCAAGUUUGUCCAGGUCGAUACUUUGCAGUUUACGAGAUCAAGCUGGUGCUUAUGCGGCUGCUUCAAGAAUUUGACUUUGAGUUUCCGCAGGGCAAGAGACGCCCCCGAAGCGUCUAUGCUGAUGAAAACGUCAUCCUAGAUCCGCAUGCUAAAGUCAUGAUGAGGAAGAGAAAGAAUGUAGCACCCUUUCAACGCGUGGCACAGCAAUUUCUAUUGUCUCUCGAUAGUAGCGUAUCACGCCUCUCGACAUGA